GACCUGACUUGAACUGUUCAUAUCCUCAGACUCCAUCUCGCACGUCGGCUUUUUGAGGCUGUCGCGUACAAGCUUUUGUUGCUACCGUCAACCGUUCGCAUCCGCGGUUGUUCUUUGUUUCAGCCCGCCCGCCUCUGACUCGACCCGCUCCGAGUUUUUAGAGCCGAGCGAAGCCCCCGAAAGACCCCGCUUCGUGCGCUUUGUGCCUGCGCUGGUUUCUAAUCACACGCCGACAUCGCCAAAAGGAAAUUCCCACAUAUCCCGCAGGCUUCCACCGACCGUCCUCGACGAGACUCGACAAGCACCCAGAUACACCAGCUCGGAGACGAGGGGAGACCGCCCCGACUAACCACCGACGGCUUCACUGACUGCACGCCCGGGCCGGACUCGCACCAGAGGAAACCAUGUCGUACAGCGGCGCGGGCAGGGGAGUCAAUGUCUCCCAGUACCUGCGCAACCUCAACGUGCAGGAGCCGGCGGCCGAAGAGACGCUCAUCACGGACGAAGACCUCGCCAAGGACCUCGCGCUCUUCACCAACACCCAGUUCUACGACUUCGAGACGGGCCAGCACACCGACUACCAGGCGCCGCCUGUCAAGCCCGAGGCGACGACAAAUCAGUCGUCGCCGGCCGAAGAUGUGUCAUCGACGGAUCCGAUGAUGGGCGACUUCCCAGCGGGCUUUGAUUUCAUGUCGGGAGACUUCAGUUUCGGGGAUUUCAGCAGUACCUACACCUCGCCGACCAUCCCGGCCUUCCCGGACGCCCACGCCCUAGGCAACCUGCAGCCCAUCCAGCCCAACCCGCAGGCGGCGUACGCGGUGGCCGGCCACGGUCACAACCACCAGCACCAGCACCAACCAGCAGGGUAUGUCCCGCCCACGGCCCCGAGGAUAGGAGCCGGCGCCGGCGAGAAGCGGAGAGCUGAGUCGAUUAGCCCGCCCAACGGCCGCGUGCUGAGCUUCGAGGAGGCGUCGCGGCUGGCCGCCGAGGAGGACAAGCGGAGGCGCAACACGGCCGCCAGCGCGCGCUUCCGCAUCAAGAAGAAGCAGCGCGAGCAGGCGCUCGAGAAGUCGGCCAAGGAGAUGAGCGAGAAGGUGACCAUCCUCGAGGGCCGCAUCUCGGCGCUCGAGACGGAGAACAAGUGGCUCAAGAGCCUCGUCACCGAGAAGCACGGUGGCCGCGACGACAUCCUCGAGAAGCUGCUCAAGGAGCUCGCCGCCAGCAGCCAGGAGAGCAAGAAGGACGCCGGUUCCACCGACGGCGGCGAGAUCAAGGAUAGCAUCCACGCCGCGACGUCGGACGAGAAGAGCUCGAAGAAGAAGGACUAAGCUUUGCUGUCCUCCUUGAUGAUGACGAGCUGCGCAGGAAAAUUGGGUUGGGCUGAAAUGGUUGAGGCCGGAAAUCUGUGGACUCAAGCAAACAUGAUCAUUGGGGAGGCGUUUUACCUGGGCAUGGCUUGGGGGAGGGAACGAAGGAGUUGAACGAAGCGGAAGGGCACAGCCAACCUUGUGUUUAUAUGGGAGCAGGAGGGGGCUUUUCUGGCUUUUUGGGCUUUUUGGUGUUUGUUUGCAGGCGUUUGCUGCGGCGAGUGCUAUUGCUGCUCUUGAGCCUUGAAGACGUGAUUGUUUGCGUGCUUCUCGGCCCACAAUAUACCAUCACGAUCUGAGGAGUUUUUGCG